AUGGGUGGAGGUGCACCGCUGGGAGCUCCCAGCUCGCUUCCCCGGACGCCCAGUCACCCCGUCGGCCAGCGUAUCAAGGGCAUCUACACCGAUCGUCUGCAACAGUUCACGGCAACGGGACAGUAUGAGGGGCAAAAUCUUGUUUCCAAGUUCUUCGAAGCCAUCACCACCGACACCGACCAUAUAAACCUCUCCGUCUACUCCGUCCCCAACCUCGCCCGCCCAACCUUUGCCGAUGCAACCUCCCAUCCCUUCACCCCCACCCAAACCGGCGCCUCCUUCGGCCCCAGCUGGUCCACGCAUUGGUUCCGUAUCCGUCUCACCGUUCCCCGUGACAUGCGCGACAAAGAACACCUUGAAUUCCACUGGGACGCGAACAACGAGGGCCUCGUGUGGAGCGAGGACGGACGUCCGUUACAGGGACUCACGGGUGGUGGAGAACGGAUUGAGUGGGUCAUUCCGGAUGCGUGGAGGGAUGGAAAGGAGCAUGUGUUUUAUAUUGAGAUGGCGUGUAAUGGCAUGUUUGGGAAUGCGCCGGGUGGAGAUAGCAUUCAGCCGCCGAGUGAGGAUAGAUAUUACAAAUUGGAGACGGCGAGGAUUGUGGCGGUUAAUUUGGAGGCGAGGGGGUUGAAUUAUGAUUUUUGGAUUAUUGGUGAUGCGGCACGGGAAUUCCCUAGUGACUCGUGGGAAUCUCACGAAGCGAAUAUGGUCGCCAAUGCCAUCAUGGACGCUUUCAUUGUUGGCAACGGAAGCCAAGAGUCCAUCAAGGAAGGACGCCGAAUUGCAAGGAAGUACCUUGGUGACAAGGUUGACUCUUCUGAAGUCUAUGAUACCAACACGCAACCUAUUGUCUACGCCAUCGGACAUUGUCAUAUCGAUACCUGUUGGCUCUGGCCAUGGGCCGAAACAAAGCGCAAAGUCGCCCGGUCUUGGUCGAAUCAGUGUGAUUUGAUGGACCGCUACCCCGAGCACCGGUUCACGUGUUCUCAAGCACAACAAUUCAAGUGGCUGAAGCAGUACUAUCCCUCGGUUUUCGAGAGAGUCAGAGAGUGGGUGAAGAAGGGUCAUUUCCAGCCAGUCGGUGGCAGUUGGGUCGAGCAUGACACCAACUUGCCCAGUGGAGAGUCUCUGGUGCGUCAGUUUCUUUACGGACAGCGCUUCUUCCAGAGCAACUUUGGCGAGCGGUGCACCACCUUCUGGCUUCCAGAUACCUUUGGCUACUCAACCCAGAUUCCCCAAAUCUGCAGAUUGGCCGGCAUGAGCCGCUUCUUUACGCAGAAGCUCAGCUGGAACAAUAUCAAUAAUUUCCCCCAUACCACUUUCCAAUGGGUUGCACUCGAUGGCAGCCAAGUCAUGUGCCAUAUGACGCCGGCUGAAACGUACACGGCUAGCGCUCACUUUGGCGACGUGAGGCGUAGUGUGACCCAGCACAAGUCUCUGGAUCAAGACAACACCUCCCUUCUUGUCUUUGGCAAGGGAGACGGCGGCGGUGGCCCUACCUUUGAGCAUCUGGAAAAGCUGCGUCGCUGCCGUGGGUUGAGCGACAAAACCGGCUUGCUUCCCCGUGUAAAGAUGGGAAAUUCCGUCGACGAUUUCUUUGCUCAGCUUGAGAAGAAGGUUGCCGAAGGGACCAAAUUUGUCACCUGGCACGGAGAGCUAUAUUUCGAGCUGCACCGUGGUACAUACACCACCCAGGCGAAUAACAAGCGGAACAACCGCAAGGCGGAAUUCUUGCUACGUGAUAUUGAGCUUCUGGCGACAGUUGCUUCCCUAACCGACAAAAGCCGCCAGUACAAGUAUCCUAAAGAAGACAUAGAUGACAUGUGGGAGGCUACACUUCUAUGUCAGUUCCACGAUUGUCUACCCGGCAGCUGCAUUGAGAUGUGCUAUGAUGACUCGGACGAGCUUUAUGCCAAGGUCUUCGAGACCGGACAAAGGCUUAGAAAUGGCGCUUUGAAGACGCUUGGCUAUGGCCAUGGGCAUGAGAUGGUGGCCCUUAACACGCUCCCAUGGUCUCGCGCGGAGAUCGUUCGGAUCCCUGCUGCAUACGGGAUCUCCAACCCCGUCUCCAAUUAUGCCAUAGUCAGAGAUGAUGAAGUCAAAGAUGCGAGCCGGACAGAACUAUCUACCGUGACAGUUGCAGAGAUAAAGCCUGGCGUAUUCCAAUUGGAGAACAAGCAAUUGCGGGUCAUCGUUGAAAAUGGAGUUAUCACAUCUUUGUUCGACAUCAAGGCGAACCGUGAAAUUAUCGCGGAGGGAGGCAAAGCUGGUCAAUUGGUGAUUUUCGACGACAAGCCGCUUUACUGGCAAGCAUGGGAUGUAGAGGUGUUCCAUCUCGAAUCCAGAAAGGAACUAUCCUCAAGUCAGGCUUCCAUUGCCGAAGCGGAUCCGUACCGUGCCAGUGUCGUUACCGAGACCAAGAUCAGCGACAAGAGCUGGGUCAAGACGACCAUCAGCCUUGCUGCAUCUCAGGGUGAUGAACCGUCCUAUGUUGAGUUUGACAGUGAGGUGGAGUGGCAGGAGACCAUGAAGUUCCUCAAGGUUGAAUUCCCAGUGGACAUUACCAAUACAGAGGCGUCGUACGAGACUCAAUAUGGUAUUAUCAGACGGCCAACUCAUUACAACACGAGCUGGGACAUGGCCAAAUUCGAAGUUUGCUGCCACAAAUGGGCCGACCUCUCCGAGUAUGGAUAUGGCGUGUCAAUCUUGAACGAUUCCAAAUACGGCUUUGCAACCAGUGGUAAUAUGAUGCGUCUUUCUUUGCUCCGCGCGCCCAAGGCACCGGAUGCCCAUGCGGACCUGGGUCGUCACCACAUCCGCUACGGCAUUCUCCCACAUGAAGGACCUCUUGACUGGCGUACCGUUCGUGCAGGGUACAAUUUCAAUAACCCACUCAUCCUCGAAUCUUCAUCCGGCGAAAAAACGACUGUCCGACCCGUCGAACUCGUUGGCAAUGAAUCCCUUAUUCUCGAUGCGAUUAAGCGAGGCGAGGAUGACGAGGAUGUUUCUCGGGGCGGACUGCCCGUACGUCCUGGAAAGAGUGUUAUCCUCCGCAUCUAUGAGUCGUUGGGUGGCAAGAGCCGUGGAACUAUUCGGACCAAGCUCCCGGUUACGAAGGCUUUCAAGUGCAACGUGCUCGAAGACGACGAGGAGGAGCUUACCGUAUCACAGACGCUGCUUUCGAAGACUGAAAUUGGUAUCGAGCUAAGGGCCUUUGAGGUUGCGACUUAUCGGUUGCAGAUUGAUUCACAGUAG